GAUACGGUCCUAUUUAUUAAGUUUUCAUUUCGUAUCAAUUUAGGACAAAUGUGCGAUAAUAAUGUGCUGUGAAAAAUAAUAAUAUAAUACGCCUUCUUGUUGUUGUGCGGAUGUUCAAUAAUUUAUUGUUUUGUGUCUGUCAAAGUACUUCAUGUACUGUUUUAAAUCAGCCGAAAUGUGUUUCAUGUAUUUCGAGAGUUUGUUUUGUUUUAUAGAAAGUGGUUGAUGAUAUUUUGUGCAUUACAUGGCAAGGAAUAGAAGAACUCAAAAAUUCUGAAAGGGACAAGUGCGGCGUUAUGUUGUCUGGGAUAGAGGAGGAGGGAAACAUAUAUGAGGUUUUUCCCCCGCAUGUCGAUCAUACUCAAAUUUCAGUCCAGCCGGAAUCUUCACCAGGAAAGAAGCCGUCUUUAAAAUCAUUUGAAGACAUAAAAACCUUAUUGACGCAAGGUCGUAAACGUGAAGUGAAAUUAGCUCUAAGAGAGAACUCAUGGCCGGUGACCAGCAUCGUGCGCUCCCAGCUAUGGCCUUUGCUCUGCGCACAACACCAAAUUGGAAAGACCAUGUUAGAUGGUUUCUAUUGGGAUAUGGUGAACCAGGUGUUUGGAACAACAGAGUUGCCAAAUAAAGCCAUCCUACUGCCGCAGUUCGUUGACGCUUCCCAUUGCUUGCCAUACCACUUAAGUUUAAGAGGAAGAGGUGUGGCCGAUAGAGUCGUAUCGGUUCUUGGUUAUGCCUGUCCAGAUAUCACGUACAGUCCUAGUCUUUAUCCUAUAUGCACAUUACUGCUUCAUUUCAUGUCAGAAGAGGAAUGUUAUCACUGCCUGGCUAGUCUUGUUGCUGCCCGUGACAAAGUCUUCAUUACACAAACUAAGCUUCUGUAUGAAGUAACAUGGAAAACAGUUAUGCAGAUAGCGAAAAAAUAUGCUAAAGCUGCCACAGCAUAUCUAACACGACAAUGCUCUGAAUCCAGAGUUGAACGAAUAUACAUGGACUGGAUGUGGUGGAUUUUGGCUGGUCUGCCAUUUGCACAUCUUGUUCGUGUAAUGGACUGCUUCUUCCAUGAAGGAAUUAAGGUUUGGUAUCGAGUGGCGAUUGCAAUUUUGCAAUUAUUCUAUAAGCAUUGCAAUACCCAGAACUCAGUAUGGGCAAAUGAACUCAAUAAUGGGGCGGAAAGUGCAAUCAUGAAGUUUUCUCAGAAUAUUCCCGUUUCUCCGACAAAAUUAUUGCGGACUUCAUUCAGUAUUAGAGCACUAAGUUCAGCCUACAUAUCGAGGGUUUUUAUCAAGACAGAAAUGGUUCUGAAAAGUAGAUCAGUAUUAAAUGGAUCGCGGCACCUGGUUCGAUCACGAUCCAACGACAACUUGCCGACUAGUCAAAGUCAAGUCAACAUUCAAAUGAUGUCUCACACGCUCACAAUUAGAGAGGGACAACAUUCACCUGGUCCUCGUGCUUUGUCAAUGGGUUUUUAUCCCAUUCAAAGGAUCAAUUCUCAGGUUGUAGAUCAGGAGAAACUUUUUACGCUUUGGUCUUGGCUACCAGUAAGAAUUACGAUGUAUCAGCCAAUUUUACUUUAUACGACAGAAGAACAUGGGUGUUCUCUUACAACGUUCUAUUUCCGAGUCGAACAACAUGAACCGACGUUACUAAUGAUCAAAACAUGUAAUAACGAGGUGUUUGGUGCUUACUGUUCUUCCCGUUGGUAUGAGCGCAAUAUGAAAGAUGAUCGAGGAAACAGACAAGCUUAUUUUGGAACGGGAGAAACAUUUUUAUUUUCAUUAUAUCCAGAACGUGCCAAGUAUCCUUGGGUAGGAAUGGGAAGUGGUGACAAAGAGUCACUUGGCCAUGCUGCUGAACUGUUUAUGGCAGCCGAUUCGAAAAUGAUCACGAUCGGCGGAGGGCAAGGGCAAGCGAUUUGGAUGGAUGAAAACAUUCGCUUUGGCAAAACCGAUCAUUGCCAAACAUUUAACAAUCCCCCACUGUGUGCAAGUGGUGAUUUUGAGGUUCGAGUUUUGGAAGUCUAUGGGUUCUCUGGAGCAUGAGAUUUGUAAUUAUUUAUUGAAGAGUUAUGAAGAAAAUUGUAAAUAUAUUUAAAUAUAUUAUGACAUAUGUCUGUGUGGAACAUUUAUAUAGUCUUGUGUAAUAUUGUUAUCUUUCGAUAUAUUAUGAUACCUAUUUUUGAAUUCCGCAUGAGUACAACAAUAGGUCCUCAUAAUACAUCAUAAUAAUUCUAUUAAAUAAUGCUAUCAGCAUUAUUAUGUUAUUUCAAUGUAUAUUGUUUGCAAUUAUUGUAUUGUGUACAUAGAUAUCUAUGAUCAAUGUUUAUCUACUACUAAUUUAGUUUUAAAAUAAUUAUUAUGCCUAUAUAUUUGAUGUCUGAUAAAUUUUUAGUCACUAGGUAGCACUAAGUAGGAGUUAUAAAAAUUAAUUAUCGUGAUGUUAUUCGACUGUUGAUUUGCGAUUAAAAUAAUGCAUAAAUAUAUUCGUUAUUUGUUAUUAAAUACAAGUUUUUAAUAUUAAAGUGCGGCGUAUCAAAAAUAAACUAUUCCAACUAGCUAAAUUUAAACUAACAAGUCAUCAGUGAAAUCAGAAAUUUGAUUCUAGCAUCAACAUACAGCUCACGAAUAUCAGAAACAA